AUGUCUGUAGGAGGGUCGCCUCCAACGACGAAAAUGAGGGAAAAGCUUGACCUCCUCGAGGAGAGGUUAAGAGCUGUUGAAGGAUUUGGUGACUUUCCGUUCACGGACAUGAUGGACUUGUGCCUAGUGCCAGACGUCAUCAUCCCUCCCAAGUUCAAAGUACCAUACUUUAACAAGUACAAAGGGACUACUUGCCCCAAGAACCAUUUGAAGAUGUACUGUCGAAAGAAGGGCAUGCAUUCAAGGGAUGAGAAGUUACUUAUGCACUUCUUCCAAGAUAGUUUGUCCGACGCUGCGGUGGUUUGGUACACCAACUUGGAGGUGUCCCGCAUUCGAUCAUGGAAGGACUUGAUUACUGCCUUUAUUAGGCAGUACCAAUACAACACAGAUAUGGCUCCUGAUAGGACCCAGAUUCAAAACAUGUUCAAGAGAGAGCACGAAUCCAUCAAAGAGUAUGCCCAGAGAUGGAGGGAUUUGGCGGCCCAGGUGGUACCUGUUCGAACCUGCUUCGCAUACCUCGUCUUCGCGGGCGAAAGGAUAAAAGUCGGGUUGAAAAGAGGGAAGUUCGACUAUGCGUCUCUCGCCUGCACCAGCAAUUGGAGGGAGGGAACAACUGGGGCAAGGAAGAAGGAAGGCGACACCCACGCUGUCACCUCCACACCCACUUGGUCUAAGUCUCAACCGGCCCCACACAACACCCACCAGUAUGCCCAACAUCACCCAAGCUUUGCGGCCCGCGCCGGAAGCUCUUCUCCCUCGGCACCCGUCCAACCAAGGACGCCCACACCACCACCAAGGGUCUCCCCUCUGGCGCCGGCUCCAGCCCAGCCUCGUCCCAACAACAAGUUUUCCCGCAGCACAAGCUACAACGCCAGAAGAAGCCCUCCGGCGAGGAGAACCCCAAAAUUUUCCCCGAUCCCCAUGUCCUAUGGGGACCUCUUGCUAUCACUAUUGUCCAACCAUAUGGUGGUAGUAACCCCGGGAAGAACUUAUCAAGUCCCUUUUCCCAAGUGGUACGAUCCCGACGCCACUGCGCAUACCACGGGGGAACCCUGGGGAACUUGA